AUGCCACCCUCUGAUUUCCUGGACAAGCUUAUGGGACGAACAUCAGGGUAUGAUGCCCGGAUUCGACCCAACUUCAAAGGUCCACCUGUCAACGUGACAUGCAACAUCUUCAUCAACAGUUUCGGCUCCGUCACCGAGACCACCAUGGACUACCGGGUGAACAUCUUCCUGCGGCAGCAAUGGAACGACCCCCGCCUGGCUUACCGCGAGUACCCCGACGACUCCCUUGACCUCGACCCCUCCAUGCUUGACUCCAUCUGGAAGCCAGACUUAUUCUUCGCCAACGAGAAAGGGGCCAAUUUCCACGAGGUCACCACCGACAACAAGCUGCUGCGCAUCUUCAAGAACGGCAACGUGCUCUACAGCAUUAGGCUGACGCUGAUCCUGUCCUGCCCCAUGGACCUCAAGAACUUCCCCAUGGAUAUCCAGACGUGCCACAUGCAGCUGGAGAGCUUUGGCUACACCAUGAAUGACCUCAUCUUCGAGUGGCUGGAGGAGCAGGAGGCCGUGCAGGUGGCAGAGGGCUUGACGCUCCCACAGUUCAUCCUCAGGGAUGAGAAAGAGCUGGGCUAUUGCACCAAGUACUACAACACAGGCAAGUUCACCUGCAUUGAGGUGAAGUUCCACCUGGAGAGGCAGAUGGGUUACUACCUGAUCCAGAUGUACAUCCCCAGCCUGCUCAUCGUCAUCCUCUCCUGGGUCUCCUUCUGGAUCAAUAUGGACGCAGCGCCAGCCCGGGUGGGCUUGGGCAUCACCACCGUGCUCACCAUGACCACGCAGAGCGCUGGCUCCCGCGCCUCCCUGCCCAAGGUCUCCUACGUGAAGGCCAUCGACAUCUGGAUGGCCAUGUGCCUGCUCUUUGUCUUUGCUGCCUUGUUGGAGUACGCAGCCGUCAACUUCGUCUCCCGUCAGCACAAGGAGUUCAUGCGCCUGCGCCGGCGCCAGAGGCGGCAGAGGAUGGAGGAAGAGCUUGUCCGCGAGAGCCGCUUCUACUUGCGAGGCUACGGGCUGGGCCACUGCCUGCAGCCAAAGAUCGGGGCUGGGGAGGGCCCCGACAUCUACAUGCGGGAAGGGGAGAGCCUCUGCAGGCGCUACAUCAACCGGGCCAAACGCAUCGACACCAUCUCCCGAGCCGUCUUCCCCUUCACCUUCCUGGUCUUCAAUAUCGUCUACUGGGUUGCCUACAAAGUGCUGCGCUCAGAGGACAUCCACUCAGUGCCCUGA